GGCCGGUCCGGGCUUUGGCCAGGGGCUGGAGAGCCGCGGACGGGCCUGGCUGGGAGCAUCUCUGAUGUGUGUGUGACCGUGCGACUCGUCUUCUCCCCCAGGGACCGGCUCCGGUCCCCCCACCUACCCGCAGCAGUGAAGGACCAACCUCGAUCGCCCCCACCAUGCCGCGCUCCCUGCUGCCGCCCCUGCUGCUGCUGCUGCUGGCUGUGGACGGAGCCCAGACAACCCGGCCAUGCUUCCCUGGGUGCCAGUGUGAGGUGGAGACCUUCGGCCUCUUUGACAGCUUCAGUCUGACCCGUGUGGACUGCAGUGGCCUGGGCCCCCACGUUGUCCCCGUGCCCAUCCCCCUGGAUACCGCCCACUUGGAUCUGUCCUCCAACCGACUGGAAACAGUGAAUGAAUCCGUAUUGGCAGGACCAGGUUAUACCACGCUGGCUGGCCUGGACCUCAGCCACAACCUGCUCACCAGCAUCUCGCCCACCGCCUUUUCCCGCCUGCGCUACCUGGAGUCACUCGACCUCAGCCACAACGGUCUGGCGGCCCUGCCGGCCGAGACCUUUGCCAGUUGCCCCCUGAGUGAUGUGAACCUCAGCUACAACCGGCUCCGGGAGGUCUCAUUAUCUGCCUUUACCACCCACAGCCAGGGCCGGGCCCUGCAUGUGGACCUCUCCCACAACCUCAUUCACCGCCUGGUCCCCCGUCCCGUCAGGUCCAGUCUGCCCGCACCCACCAUUCAGAGCCUGAACCUGGCCUGGAACCGACUCCGCGCCGUGCCCAGCCUCCAAGGUCUGCCCCUGCGCUACCUGAGCCUGGACGGCAACCCUCUGGCAGCCAUCGGUCCAGGUGCCUUCACGGGGCUCACAGGCCUCACCCAGUUGUCAUUGGCCAGUCUACAGGGUGUCCCCCAGCUGGUGCCUCAUGGCUUCCGGGAGCUGUCAGGCCUACAGGUCCUGGACCUGUCGGGCAACCCGAAGCUCCGGUGGGCAGGAGCCGAGACACUCUCAGGCCUGGGCUCUCUGCAGGAGCUGGACUUAUCAGGCACCAGCCUGCUGCCCCUGCCUGAUACGCUGCUGCAUCACCUCCCAGCGCUGCAGAGUGUCAGCGUGGGUCAGGAUGUGCAGUGCAGGCGGCUGGUGCGGGAGGGCACCUACCCCCGGCAGCCUGGCUCCGUGCCCAAGGUGGCCUUGCACUGCGGAGACAUCCGUGAAUCUGCCGCCAGACGCCCAGACGUCUUGUGACGAAUGGUGUGGCCUCGGGCCACGUGACCGACUGUUGCCCCGGGUUUGCUCAGGGGCCGAAGUAACUUCUAUUUUAAUGGACCAGUGGGGAGUCUGCAAGCCUGCGUGGCCGCGUCAUCCACAGAACUAUGGGCUGAUGGGGGCUUUUUGCAUCUGGGGCCAAUAUCUAAGAACAAAGUCUGCCCCUUGGUCUCCGUGGCCCACCUCCAUGAACCAUAAGUGGGGGCCUUCAUUGCCAAACCAGACUCUGGUCCCUUCCUGGGCCCUGCCCCAUUUGUCCCUAAGUGCCUUCCCUCUUGCCUUGGCUGAGCUUACCCGCGAUGGGUGGAGGGUGGGUAGAAGCCAUCACUGCACUGCUGGCUCAGGUCCGCUGGGCUGAAUGUUCCCUUGGGCCCAGGGUCUCCUCACUCUAGCAGUUUCUUUUAUGAUACACCCCUUUGCUCUGGGCCCAUGGGCCCAAUCCUCUUCUCAUGGAAUCCUGGGUGUAACCUUAAUUAUAGAAGAGACUGCAGAGAAAAAUCAACCCACCCUUCUCAUGAGACAGGUGGAGAAACAGGGUCUAGAGGGGGAGACCUGAUGAUCUGAAGUCCCACAAGCCGAGGCAGGUCUGGACCAAGGGCUUUGCAUUUCCUUGUCUUCUCUGUCCUCUCUCCUGCUCUUGUCCUUUGGUACACUCUCACUGUUGCCUGGGCCCUUUCCCCACAAUCUCUGGCAGCGACAGCAAGACAGGUAAGGGCCACAGAGGACCUCGUGCCAUGGGCAGAAUCAUUUCACUUUCCAGAGCCUCAGGAAGCUUGGGUGUACCAGCCCCAAGCCUGUUAACUUUCUUACUCUUGGGUGGGGUUCCCCCAGCAUCAAGACUGGAAUGUGCUCAUUUUUCUCCCCCUAAAGAUAAUGCCUCUAGAUGCUUCCAUAAGGAGUCAGUGCAGUGGUGGCUGUGUGCCUGUAAGCUCCAAUGGACUGGGUGGAUGCAGUCUCCCCAUCGGCCAGAGACCAAGAGCUCUAUCAGGCCCCCCCAGGAGUGCGGCAGAAAGAGGCAGGGUUCAUGUCCUACUCCAGCCCCAGGGGCAGCAUCUCAGCCUCCCGUCCCUGGGGGGUGAUCUUUCCUUUGUCCUCAUUUCAUAAAAGUUGUUGCUUUUUUUUUUUUUUUUUUUUUUUUUUCAGCGAGCUGUCACUUUCAACCACCUCUGCUGGCAGGGGAAGGAAGUGUAUCAUUUAUAAAAGAAGAGAAACGUAUUUGUUCACUUUUGUAAUAUGUAUCCUGGGACUAUUGGGGGGAAGCUGGGCAGAAGCCAACUAUCAGUGGCUUAUGUGGGUAUCGGGUCUGGUACCAAGAGAUGCCCACAGGGCAGCGAGAGCUCUGUCUUAACUCACCAGCGCAGCCCAGCCCCUGACUGAUCCUUGGUUUAAUAAACACGUGAAGAGUUUUCUUUCCA